UAUUUGAACUCAGACCGCGAGAGACUUCGAUUUUCGAUCCCGGUGCACAUAAUAAAGUACAUUCAUUAAUUUUCAGAAAAAUAGAGAUGAGAACGCCAAAACAAUUAGAAGAAUGGUCAUUUUCUACAAAAAAUUCCAAUAAUAUUAAACAUAAAUUAGAAAAUGAAACACUCGUAGAAAACUAUGAAAAUUUUACAGAAAACAGUUGUUUGGAAACAUCUAGUUUUGUUGGGCUGUCUACUACUUGUGGUACUUGUUGCUCAUCACAAAAUAUAAUUAAAAGUUUAAAACAACGUUUGGAGAAAUUAGAGGUUAAAAAUUAG